UUGUUCAUUCCUUGGCUCCGGGUCUUUUUCCGUUUCUUCUCAGUCACAAUUUUCUAAACAGAGGUAAAAUUGUAUGCGUUUCGAACGAGUUUUGUUUAUGUAAUCAUUUCAACUAAAUCAAAAUGUUGUUUCUUCAAUCGCUGCGAUGCUGUCUGAGAGGCAACUCGAGGAUUCGGUUGAUCAGCACCGGCAACACAUUGGCAUCGUCCGAUAAUGAUGGUAAGCCGCCGGUCCCAAUGAUCGAUCUGGAGGACAAAUCACUUCCGAUACCUAUCUACAAAGAAAAGCAAAAUGAACCAUUAAAACUACAAAAAUCCAGGCUUCUGUAUCAAUCCCGCAAACGUGGAAUGCUUGAAAAUGGAUUGCUUCUAAGCACAUUUGCCGACAAGUAUCUGGAAUCGAUGGAUGCCAAACAUACUAAACUUUAUGAUACCUUGAUCAACAUGCCUACCAACGAUUGGGAUAUUUUCUACUGGGCUACGAACGUUAAACCGACUCCGCCAGAGUAUGAUAACGAAGUGAUGAAUAUGCUGAAGGAUCAUGUCAAAAAUGCCGACCGUGAGCUGAGAAUUCGGCAACCGGAUCUGAAAUAGAUCUUGAAUUCGUACUGCGAGGAAGAUUUAGAUGAUAUACUAGAAUCUUGAUAUUUUCUGUGUUAUUUGUUUUAUAUUAGAAUUUUUCCUUCAUUCAACUAGUGUUGACGCUAUUGAAAUUUGAUAAAUAAAAUUUGAAUGUGAAUCGGCAAAGCUUGAAA